GAUUAACUACGUACACUUUUCUCCAGAGCGAGAGCAGAGAGUCGUUCCAUGAGUUAGCCAGAGAUACAUCUGUAUAUGUUUGGAGGAAAAUCAGUCUUUAACCCUGGGAGAGGAUAAUAUACAGCAAGUCAAGGAUGAUUGCCUUGUUUAUGUUGAGAUAAUACGAGGUAAUAUAUACAUGUCCCUGCCAUAAAUAAUGCUUACCAAACCAGUUCUUCUGUUCAACAUGACCUUCGCUCUUACCCAUAUUUUAGGGGAUUGCAUCAGUGAACACCCUUAGAUAAAUGUACAAUUGGUAGUUGUCUCACGUUCACUUUACAUCAUAUCCACGUAGUACAGUUAGUACAGUCUAAGAUAGGAAGAGUUUUACGGCAUCGGCGUGAAGUUAAAAAUUGUUUUCUGUCACGAUGGUCAUCAUGUCUAAGAUUUUCCAGGCUAGUAAAGGGUUACUAAAAAUAACGCAGUCAUGUCGAGGAUUAGCAAGGGUGACCCCAGGAAGGCAGGGAUUAAGGGAAAUUGUGCAACCGGGGUCGUGUCGGGGAUUAGCAAGGGUUAUACCAGAUAGCCACAGAUUAGGGAAAAUUGUGCAUGGAUUUUCUCCGGAAUACGCACCAUGCCGUCAACCCGUCCGGGAAUUGGCAAACCAGCCAGCGCGCUUUAAAAAAGCUCCAGUGGACUACCCCCCGCUAACUGGAUCAGACCACUGUAGACGCAAGUUGCGCACGAUUUUCAAGUGCAUGGACAGCAAUGGAGACGGUUUCAUUACGAAGGAAGACUUCGAGACAAGUGCCAGACGAGUUGCCGAGUAUCUGAAACUUAAUGAUGAACAAGCAGAACAUAUUCUAAAACAACGUCUUGCAAUAUGGGAACUCAUGUCUAAGGCAACACAAGAUACACCCAAGGUGUCAGAGGAAGAAUACGUUGGUUUAGCGGUAUCGGUAAGGAACCAAAGCGGCUACCGACAAGAGUUUUUCCCCAUGCUGGUAUCCGUGGAAUUUAAUGCAAUGGACAUUGACGGGGAUGGUAUUAUUUCAAAGGAAGAACACAAGGCUUUUUUCUACAGUAUAAACGUCCCCGUGGAAGAGUCGAAAAAAUGUCUUUGAUUCUAUGGACAUUGACAAAGAUGGCUUCGUAUGCAUUGAAGAAUUCGCGCACGCGUAUGCCGAGUUCUUUUUAACUGAGGACCCGCAUAACUCUUACAAUGAAUUUUUCGGUCCACUGGUUGAUUAAGAGUUUGUGCUCAGAUUUCGAGUUUGACUCAACAAAGAUAUACAUGUAUUAAAUUGCCUAUUUGUUAUGAUCACUCGAGAGAGACGAAGAGAGCAUGUGUUGCUUUUAUUUCAUGUAAUAGUUUAAUACCCAUUCUGAUUUGAAAUAUGACAUGAAACAAUUUGCAAUUGAGUAACUUCCAGAUUAAUAUUCGAAAAGUAUUUCCCUACCUAGUGAGCUUACUUAAUGUACGUAUAAAAGAGAUGGGAAUGUAUGCAACUUUUUUUAGUUGGCUGACUACUUAGGCAGUACUAUAUAUCAUGUCCAUAUACAGACUUGACAUUUAAUAUGGAAUAUUUUUUUCGAAAUAAUUUUUUAUCAGUUUUUUC